AUGUUUCGUCAACGUUUACUUUCAACAGAUGCCUUACCCCAUGAUUCUCCUGACUCGGCUAAUGCCUCACCUACUCUGCCACACCACCCACGGUAUAAACACAAUGUUGCUCAUGUAUCAGUACAAACAUUGGAGACAAUGCGUAGUAAUAAUGCCAGUAUUCCAUGUAAAGAAUCAAAAGAAAAACGCCAGCAACAUCCGUGGCUUCCAUUACCAAUUCAUGAAAAUGUCUCACGAUUAUGUCAAUUACGAUCUGUAAGACAUUUAACAUUAAUCGAACAACGUGUUCGAAAAGCACAUCGUUUUGAAGAAAACUAUAAUAGAUUAUUACUACAAUUUGACAUUAAGUUGCGAUUCGAUUUACAACAACGGUUAGAUUACUAUGCUCACCAUUGGAAUAUACAUCCAAGCGUUUUAAUGAUUAAUUUAAAUCGAUUAUAUCAUCUCAUUUCUCGAUUUACAUUGCAUGAUUAUGUAAUUAAACGACAACAAAAUUCCUAUGAAUUAUCUAUCGAUGAAUGGUUUAUUGCUUUAGAAUUUUAUUUACAAAUGGAUGCAUCCUGUUUCUAUAUGAAGACGUGUAAUUUUCGUAAUGCAAAACCACGUUGGAAUUAUGUCGGUCUAUUCAUUUAUGAUCAACCAGAAGCCCACUAUGGUACGAAUAAAUGUAACGACACAAGUUGCCGUUUCUGUUACGAACGAUGCGAUUUAACUCGACGUUUUGAACGGGCAACAAAUUUUUCUAAACAACAAAUUCAUUGUUUCCUCAAUCAAUAUAAAGUCUAUUUAAAUUGUGAUGUCACUUGUAUGACAUCAAAUAUCAUCUAUGCAUUGACAUGUCCUUGUCAUCAUUUCGAUUAUAUCGGUCGAUGUUGUGAAGCAUUUGGAGAACGAAUGAGAAAACAUCGUACGUAUGGAUGUCGACUCGUCAGUAAUUUUCUUAUUGGUCAAAUUAUUGCUGAUCGUCUACAAGACGAUCGAGAACUAGAUCCAUCGAUUCCUGAUUGUCAAAAAAAGCUCUAUGCACAUUCGAAACAAUGUUCUAUUGCAUUGAAACUCUUCUUAGAAUGUCAUCCUGAGUAUUGGUGUUUCGUACCUGUGACAUGUGAACAAGCUCGGAUCGACAAUGCGGAUCUAACUGUAGUAGAAAGACAAUACUUGGCUUAUUAUCAAAAUUCACCUUCCACAAACUGUGAAAUUAGUAUAUACGAACGUGCUUUGCCCUUAGUUCGAUGGUGUGUCAAUCAUGUGCCAUUGCCUCCAUUAAAUUAUACAUUUUCUUUGCGGCAACUACUUGAGCAAUAUGAAUUUUUUCGCACCAAAUCUGAAGUUACUGUAACACGAUUUCUUGAUCUCUACAAUGCCGCAAUUGUUAUUGCUUUGCCUGAAAAUGCUUCCACUGCUUUACGUCAUACUGUUGAAGCUUUACUGGUUAUGUACGCACAACCCAAAUUAGUGAUUACUACAGAUGAUAUGGAUGAAAAAUUGGAAGCAAAUACUACUACGCAUGAUGGUUUUUGGCAUCAACACUUAUAUCAUCCUCGUGUAUUAGCAAAGUUAAAUGCCAACAAUGCAUAA